UACCGUUAAACAUCAACGAAGAAGAAAGCUGGGGCCACCCUAAUGUUUUUGGGAUAUUGCUCAGAUUAGCUUGCUGUCUCUCAAUGUCCCGACUAUAUUUUUAGUUUCCAGCCGAGAGCCGCCGCCUGGUACAUGUUGUGCCACAGAAAUCGUAUUUCCCUUGCUGGAGUCGGAAUUAACAGUCAAACGCCAUUAAUCUGUAGAUUUUCUUUUUUUCGAGGAGUGAUAGCGUUACAGCUGGUAACGGUAAACCGGAUAAGCUGAGCUAAUUAGCUAGCCAUAGUUUGCUUCUUCAGAGGCUCGCAGCAUGUCGUACAGGAAAACUUUAAAACUUAUUUGUGGCUUCGCCGGAGGCUCUGCCGCGUUGGUGUUGGCGGCUGCCGCUGCUGACUCCCGGGGAUACCUCGGUGAGCACCGCGGAGAGGCGGCCGGUCGGUGGUCGAGCUUCACCGCUGUUCAAGCUGCGCAGCCGGCGUGGACACCUGCCAGCCACACGCCGGCCCCGAGCGGACACGCCUGGGACUUCAACUGGGAUAAGAGAGACCCAUCUGCACUGACCAAUGGGAAGAAGAAAGAAAAUGCAACUGAGGACCCCAGCUCCGAGCAGGACAACGGCAAACCAAAAGCUACACGCAACAUUCUCCUCAUCAGACACUCCCAGUACAACCUGAGCGGGAACAGCGACAAGGAGAGGGUCCUCACUCCAUUAGGUCGUGAGCAGGCUGAGUACACUGGCAAGCGUUUGGCAGCGUUGGGACUCAAGUAUGAUGUUCUGAUUCACUCCAGCAUGGCCAGGGCCACAGAGACCGCAAAUAUCAUCAGCAAAUACCUCUCAGGUCCAGGAGUUGAGCUGGUGAGCUGUGAUUUGCUGCGAGAGGGUGCACCCAUCGAGCCUGUUCCACCUGUCACCCACUGGAAGCCCGACGCUGUGCAGUACCACGAAGAUGGAGCUCGCAUUGAGGCAGCCUUUCGCCGCUACAUCCACCGGGCUGACCCCAAGCAGAAGGAGGACAGCUACGAGAUCAUCGUGUGUCAUGCCAAUGUCAUCCGUUAUUUUGUCUGCAGGGCUCUGCAGUUUCCUCCAGAGGGCUGGUUACGUAUGGGCUUAAACAACGGCAGCAUCACAUGGCUCACAAUCCGCCCUAGUGGCAGGGUGGCCCUAAGAACUCUGGGAGACGCAGGAUUCAUGCCCCCAGACAAACUAACACGGACCUGACGGGCCCAAUGCGCGGCACUUCUCUGGGACUCUGAUGUCCAGUCGGUUGGUUGCAGGGUCAAAGCUCAGUUUUCUCCUUAAGUGUCUUGAAAAUGAUUUUUCAUGUUAUUUUGUAAAUGAAGCACCAUCAUAUGAUCAGAGACUCUGUGGUUGUGAUUACUUCCGUGCCAUAGACCGCCAGCAGAAGUGAUCAACAGCUGCUCCUGAAUGUAACUGAGGAUUUUUACAUAAGUGACUGAUUUUUAAACCAAAAAAAAGACGUAUUUGUAUAGCUGUUGUAAAUGCACAUUGUGCUCUUAGCUUUACAUCUGUCAUGACAGUAUGCUAAAGUAUGCAGAUUAUUGUGUUGUAUGGUGCAGCUGUAGUAAAUAAAAGAAAAUGAUUAACGCCUCA